AUGUGUUCCGAGCCAGCGAAAACAUGCUUUGCCACCUCAUCACCAUACGAAGAAAAGAUUGGUUACUACCGGGCCGUUCGCCAUGGAAAUCAGAUCUUCGUUUCCGGGACUACCUCGGUUGAUCCCUAUUCUCCCACUAAUGCGCCGCAAGUUCUUCACCCAGAAGAUGCGAGACAGCAGACACGUGUUGCUCUAGAGGAGAGUAUUCGAGCUAUCCAAGGUCUUGGUGGUAAAGGUGCGGAAGAUAUAGUCCGCGUUAAGAUGUUUGUCAGUCGCCAUGAGGAUUGUGAGGCUGUGGGGCGAGGGUUUAGUGAGAUAUUGGGCAAGCAUAAUCGUGGUGGAAGUGGAAUGAUAGGAGCUGCUGCGACAAUGAUUGUUGUUAAUGGCGGCUUCAUAAAUAAGGAGAUGCUUGUUGAGAUCGAAGUAGAUGCUGUUGUGGAAUAUAUCUGA